AUGGACUCUACUCUUACCUGGAAGCCACACAUUGACGAAACAGAACGCAAAGUCUCCACAACUAUCACGGCAAUGAGCACCCUAGGAAACUCCGCGUGGGGAGUGGGAACAAACGAUAUGAGAAAAAUCUACAAUGGAGUGGCGGUGCCACAGAUGAUGUACGCCUGCUCAGCAUGGUCGAACGCCGGCUGGGGCAGAAAAGCAUACACCAAGAGAACAUUGCAACGACUAGAGAGACUGCAAGCCAGGGCCGCAAGGGUGAUGAGCGGCGCCUUCAAGGCGACGUCGUUCCCGGCACUAGACGUCGAAAUGCACCUCCUCCCCGUCGAACAGCAAAUUUGGAGACACAACCUGGUCACGAUUGGGAGAAUUGGGUCCCGUGACGGGAGUGGAAUCAACGGCCGCAUCGGAGCAGCAGCGGUCUGUACAACGACUAGUGAGACCACGAGUGUAGACAUGGGGGCAGACACGACAUCGACAGUCUACGCCGGCGAGCUCCAAGGCAUCAUACUGGCCCUUUGGAUGGCCCUGGCAGACAGAGCAAAAGGCAACAUCCGAAGCAAGAUCCUCAUCUACACCGACAACCAAGCAGCCAUCAGAUCAUCGGCUAAACCCAAAGGCAAAUCAGGAGCAUGCCUACUCAAGGAUAUAGCCCAGAGAAUACAGGAACUCAACAGCCAAGGACUCUCGACAGAAAUUUGGUGGAUAUCGGUAUACACAGGAAUCCAGGGCAAUGAAGACGCUGAUAGACCGUGGGAACUCUACUCCCUCCAAUCGACACUCAAGACAUGGACGCACAAGGAAGCCAGCAAAGCAUGGCAAAGAAAAUGGACAUCAGAAACGAGAGGCAGAACCUCGUUCCGAUACACGCCGAAGCCAACCAAGAAGAUCCUGCAGCUCCAUGAAGGGCUGAUCAAGCGACAGAGCGCCAUCCUGCUGCAGAUGCGCACCGAGAAAAUCGGAUUAAGGAAGUUCCUCUUCAGCCGAAGAGUUCCGGACAUCACGGACGACGCCUGCCCUUGCCGAGAAGGACGACAAACGGUGUCGCACGUCCUGCUGCGACGCCGCCGAUUCCGACAACUCCGACGCCAGGAGCUAGGAUCUAUUCCAGGACGAAACGACCUCCGGGCCUUGCUGAACAAGCGCACAGCAGCCGCGAAAGCCAUCAGAUUCAUGGAACAAACCGAGAUCCUUGGGCAAUUCAGGAUCGAGCCCCAAGCGAGACAAAGCUGA